AUGGCACUCAAUGCUGCUGUUUCGUGGAACUCCCAUCACCAGCGUGGAGGAGCAGCUGCAGUGGGACCAGCGGCGGCCGCUCUUUUUCUCGAGUUCGCUGGGCNUCGUGGAACUCCCAUCACCAGCGUGGAGGAGCAGCUGCAGUGGGACCAGCGGCGGCCGCUCUUUUUCUCGAGUUCGCUGGGCGUCGCCUUGCCCUACGGCUUUCUCGCAGGGACGAGCGGGAACUAUCGACUGACGCUCUGCCGAGUGGAGCGCCGCAAAGGACGCCAGUUGUUCAACAAGGCACUGGCGUCGGAGGAGGAUUUGCAGCUCCUCGAGAGCGUCAACGGCGACCUGGACCGCUUCAACCACGCGAAGGCGCAGCAAUCCAAGGUGGAGGGCACAGAGGAAGCGGAGAUGUUUGAUGGUGUGGUAGAUUGGCUCGAUGGUGGCGCAUCGUAUUGUUUUGACGCUGACCAUACACGAAUGCACACACUCAUGUGCAUCGACACACGGUGGUGA